AUGCCUCUUGCGCCGGCGAUAAACGACUGUGAAUAUAUCAAGAACUUAACCGGUAAUCAGAAUCGGGGCGCGGAGAAUACAGGAUAUUGUUUUAGGAAGCUAGAAAAGAACCAAUACCUGUCUCCUAGCAGUGAUACGACCAAGGCCCUUGUAUUUGACGCUGCAUUCGAAACUCCAUCAGGGAGCAAUGGCGUCGCUGGGAAGGUAUUUCUAUCGAGGAUCGUGCAGAAAAUCGCAGAUCGUCUUGAUAAGGCCUUGAAACUCUCUGGCAUUGACCCCGCCGCGGAGCUGGAAAGAUUCGGUAUUCCGGUUAUCAAGGACCUUCCCGGAGUUGCCGGUAACCUACAGGACCGAUAUGAAACCAAUCUAACAGUCUCAUCGUCGAGUAACCCCACGCUCUUUAGGAACUACACGUUCAUCACAACAGACGACGACCUAUGCUACGGAACAUGGCUGGUACUCGAAGCGCACUCGCGCAACACCACCGGCACCGACGGCAUGCGUCCAGCCAUCCAAGUUUUCGACAUCCUGGAGUCGCUUGGGGUUGGCGAGCCAUUUGAGCGCAGGUGGCCGCCUGUAAAGAUACGGUCGGAUGAUGACCCCUUGGCUGCUUUGGAUGGUUAA